AUGUUAAUGUUAACAUUGGUUCGUCAUGGAAAUACAGACGCGAAUAAUGAACGCUGGUUACAAGGGCAUAUAGAUACCGUUCUCAAUCAAAAUGGGUUGAUGCAGGCAGAACUUUGUUCGAAGCGAUUGCAGCAUGAACAUUAUGACCACGUCUAUUGUAGUGAUCUAGAGCGUUGUAAACAGACAACAGCAGCCAUUGUAAAGCAUCACCCACAAGUUAGCGUUGAUUAUAUUUCUUUGCUACGCGAAAGGGAUUUUGGAAAGUUAUCUGGUAAACCUUUGGCUUUCCUCACUACAGAAUCACAACGUCAAAAGUUAUCCAUGAACAACUUCAUUUCACAGCAUGGAGGAGAAAGUGAAGAGGUUUUCAAAGAGCGAAUAAUUACGGCUUGGAAAUACAUUAUUGACGAUGCAACAUCGAGGCGAUUUAAGUCCGUUUUAGUUAUUACUCACGGUGGCCCACUUAAAUAUCUUUCAAUGUACUGGUUAGAAAAUGGUUUUCAACCUGCAGAGGACAUAGCAGUAGCACCUGUUGCUCAAGGCAAUACAGCAGUUACUCGUGUAAAUUACAGGGAAAGGAAAAUCGAUGUGUUCAACUCCACGUCGCAUUUAAAGGAUCUAUACUCAAACCAACCACCACCACCUGCUGUGUAA